GCCUCCUCCGCCCCGCGCCCUGCGGUGCUGCAGCUGCGGGCGGCUCCAGCUGCCCCCAGAUGUGGGCUGGGCGGCUCGCGGGGAACUUUCGCGCCGGCUGCGAGUGCGGGGCCCCGGCUGCAGUCCGGCUGCCAUGGAUCCGCCGGCGGGAGCCGCUCGCCGCCUGCUCUGCCCCGCGCUGCUGCUGCUGCUGCUGCUGCUGCCGCCGCUCCUGCCGCCGCCGCCGCCCGCGAACGCCAGGCUCGCCGCUGCCGCCGACCCCCCAGGCGGGCCCCUGGGGCACGGAGCGGAGCGCAUCCUGGCGGUGCCCGUGCGCACUGACGCCCAGGGCCGCUUGGUGUCCCACGUGGUGUCGGCAGCUACGGCCAGAGCAGGGGUACGAGCCCGCAGGACCGCCCCGGUCCGGACCCCGAGCUUCCCCGGAGGCAACGAGGAGGACCCUGGCAGCCACCUCUUCUACAAUGUCACGGUCUUUGGCCGAGACCUGCACCUGCGGCUGCGGCCCAACGCCCGCCUCGUGGCGCCCGGGGCCACUAUGGAGUGGCAGGGCGAGACGGGCACCACCCGCGUGGAGCCCCUGCUCGGGAGCUGUCUGUACGUCGGAGACGUGGCCGGCCUAGCCGAAGCCUCCUCUGUGGCGCUCAGCAACUGCGAUGGGCUGGCUGGUCUGAUCCGGAUGGAGGAGGAGGAGUUCUUCAUUGAACCCUUGGAGAAGGGGCUGGUGGCGCAGGAGGCUGAGCAAGGCCGUGUGCACGUGGUGUAUCGCCGGCCACCCACAUCCCCUCCUCUAGGGGGGCCACAGGCCCUGGACACAGGGGCCUCCCCGGGCAGCCUGGACAGCCUCAGCCGCGCCCUGGGCGUCCUAGAGGAGCGCGUCAACAGCUCGAGGCGGAGGGCACGCAGACAUGCUGCGGACGAUGACUACAACAUCGAGGUCCUGCUGGGCGUGGAUGACUCCGUGGUGCAGUUCCACGGGAAGGAGCACGUGCAGAAGUACCUGCUGACGCUCAUGAACAUUGUCAAUGAAAUCUACCAUGAUGAGUCCUUGGGUGCCCACAUCAACGUGGUCCUGGUACGGAUCAUCCUCCUGAGCUAUGGAAAGUCCAUGAGCCUCAUCGAGAUUGGGAACCCCUCUCAGAGCCUGGAGAAUGUCUGCCGCUGGGCCUACCUCCAGCAGAAGCCAGACACGGGCCACGAUGAAUACCACGAUCAUGCCAUCUUCCUCACACGGCAGGACUUUGGGCCUUCCGGCAUGCAAGGCUAUGCUCCUGUCACCGGCAUGUGCCAUCCGGUCCGCAGCUGCACCCUGAACCACGAGGACGGCUUCUCCUCAGCAUUCGUGGUGGCCCAUGAGACUGGCCAUGUGCUGGGCAUGGAGCACGACGGGCAGGGCAACCGCUGCGGCGACGAGGUGCGGCUGGGCAGCAUCAUGGCACCCCUGGUGCAGGCCGCCUUCCACCGCUUCCACUGGUCCCGCUGCAGCCAGCAGGAGCUGAGCCGCUACCUGCACUCCUAUGACUGCCUGCGGGAUGACCCCUUCGCCCAUGACUGGCCGGCGCUGCCCCAGCUCCCGGGGCUGCACUACUCCAUGAAUGAGCAGUGCCGCUUUGACUUCGGCCUGGGCUACAUGAUGUGCACGGCGUUCCGGACCUUCGACCCCUGCAAGCAGCUGUGGUGCAGCCACCCUGACAACCCCUACUUUUGCAAGACCAAGAAGGGGCCCCCCUUGGACGGGACUAUGUGUGCACCUGGCAAGCAUUGUUUUAAAGGACACUGCAUCUGGCUGACGCCUGACAUCCUCAAGCGGGACGGCCACUGGGGCGCUUGGAGUCCGUUCGGUUCCUGCUCACGUACCUGCGGCACGGGCGUGAAGUUCAGGACCCGCCAGUGCGACAACCCACACCCGGCCAACGGGGGCCGCACCUGCUCGGGCCUUGCCUACGACUUCCAGCUCUGCAGCCGCCAGGACUGCCCCGACUCCCUAGCUGACUUCCGCGAGGAGCAGUGCCGCCAGUGGGACCUGUACUUCGAGCACGGCGACGCCCAGCACCACUGGCUGCCCCACGAGCACCGGGAUGCCAAGGAGAGAUGCCACCUGUACUGCGAGUCCAGGGAGACCGGGGAGGUGGUGUCCAUGAAGCGCAUGGUGCAUGACGGGACGCGCUGCUCCUACAAGGACGCCUUCAGCCUCUGUGUGCGCGGGGACUGCAGGAAGGUGGGCUGUGACGGUGUGAUCGGCUCCAGCAAGCAGGAAGACAAGUGUGGCGUGUGCGGAGGGGACAACAGCCACUGCAAAGUGGUCAAGGGCACGUUCACACGGUCACCCAAGAAGCAUGGUUACAUCAAGAUGUUUGAGAUCCCUGCAGGAGCCAGACACCUGCUCAUUCAGGAGGUAGAGGCCACCAGCCACCAUCUGGCCGUCAAGAACCUGGAGACAGGCAAGUUCAUCUUAAAUGAAGAGAAUGACGUGGAUGCCAGUUCCAAAACCUUCAUUGCCAUGGGCGUGGAGUGGGAGUACAGGGACGAGGACGGCCGGGAGACGCUGCAGACCGUGGGCCCCCUCCACGGCACCAUCACCGUUCUGGUCAUCCCGGUGGGGGACACCCGGGUCUCACUGACGUACAAAUACAUGAUCCAUGAGGACUCGCUGCAUGUCGAUGACAACAAUGUCCUGGAAGAUGACUCUGUGGUCUACGAGUGGGCCCUGAAGAAGUGGUCUCCGUGCUCUAAGCCCUGUGGCGGAGGGUCCCAGUUCACCAAGUACGGCUGCCGCCGGAGGCUGGACCACAAGAUGGUGCACCGCGGCUUCUGUGCCGCCCUCUCGAAGCCCAAAGCCAUCCGCAGAGCAUGCAACCCGCAGGAGUGCUCCCAGCCAGUGUGGGUCACAGGCGAAUGGGAGCCAUGCAGCCAGAGCUGUGGGCGGACAGGCAUGCAGGUGCGCUCCGUGCGCUGCGUUCAGCCCCUACACAACAACACCACCCGCUCCGUGCACACCAAGCACUGCAAUGAUGCCCGGCCCGAGAGCCGCCGGGCCUGCAGCCGUGAGCUCUGCCCCGGUCGUUGGCGAGCCGGGCCCUGGUCCCAGUGCUCAGUAACCUGUGGCAAUGGCACCCAGGAGCGGCCAGUGCUCUGCCGCACUGCGGAUGACAGCUUCGGCAUCUGCCAGGAGGAGCGGCCUGAGACGGCGAGGACCUGCAGGCUUGGCCCCUGUCCCCGAAACAUCUCAGAUCCCUCCAAGAAGAGCUACGUAGUUCAGUGGCUGUCCCGCCCGGACCCUGACUCGCCCAUCCAGAAGAUCUCGUCAAAGGGCCACUGCCAAGGCGACAAGUCAAUAUUCUGUAGGAUGGAAGUCUUGUCUCGCUAUUGCUCCAUCCCAGGCUACAACAAGCUGUGCUGCAAGUCCUGUAACCUGCACAACAACCUCACCAACGUGGAGGGCAGGAUAGAGCCACCGCCUGGGAAGCACAACGACAUUGACGUGUUCAUGCCCACCCUCCCAGUGCCCACUCUAGCCAUGGAGGUGCAGCCAUCACCGAGCACCCCCCUGGAGGUCCCUCUCAAUGCCUCCAGCACCAAUGCCACAGAGCAUCACCCAGAAACCAAUGCUGUAGAUGAACCCUACAAAAUCCAUGGUCUGGAAGAUGAAGUCCAGCCACCCAACCUAAUCCCUCGACGACCGAGCCCAUAUGAAAAGACCAGAAACCAAAGAAUCCAAGAGCUCAUUGAUGAGAUGCGGAAGAAAGAGCUGCUCGGAAAGUUCUGAUAAAAUGGAAAGAUAGCAUCACUAGCAUUUUUUUCUUGCUUAUAGAGAUAUUCCAUGGGAUAGCAAAUCCUGUGUCAUGGAGAUGAAGUCAAAAUUCCCGAUUCCAAAAGGUUUUGAGAAAACAAAGAAGGGGAAUGAUGUAAGAAAGAUAGGCGUGAGCAUGUGGUAACUAGGUUAGCACGUGUGCUUCCCAGCCCAGGAGCGACCAAAUCCUGCGGUGGUGUCAGGUGUGGAGUGGAGAGGAAUAUAGAGGUUCUACGGCCACCAUCAGUGAGGGCAGGGCAAGAGGGAUCACUCUGAGAGAAAGAAAAUAGGCCCCAAGUUGCUAAGCAGUGACUGGGAAUCUUCCUUUCCUUGGUGGUAAUGCAUGACAUUCCCUACCGAUCCCCAGACACAGCCUGUGGGACUCUGAGGAGAAAUGGUGAUUUACUGCAAAACUGACCAGUUGCCAAGAUGAGUACAAUGAAGUGGAGGUGAUGAACUCAAUCUUCCAGGGCCAGGCAGCCGACCAGGGUGAGUGCAGUGGCCCACUGGGGACCGUGGCCACCCUGACAGCCACACCCACCUAGAGCUGAUUGUUGGCUCUGGCUGUUACUGCCACUGUGAAAUCUGUGUCUCUCUUCGUCUCUGCUCCACUAUCCCCGGCCUUGUCAGACAGUGUCCUUUUUCGGAAGAAGUCUAGAUUUUUGCAUGAAAAAACUCAAUCUUUAAAGGUCAACUCAGAGUAUUUUAAGGAGGCCUCCACUUGGCCUGAUGCAGCCUUGCUAGUUAAGAACUAAAGGCCUGCUGACCUACUUGGUGCUCAUGUUGUACUUCAUCUGGAUGUCUCGACCGAGUCUGAGCUGUGCAGCUGUCCUCUUCACCUGCGAAAGUAAUGAGAAUCCUAUGAUGGGACAUAAGGAUAGGUCUAAACAGGGUCCAUGCCAAGAAAACAGUGGGGUGCUCUCCCAGGCCUCUCCCCUGGCCACUAACCCUGGCCUUGCUGGCUGCCUUCCAGGCUCGGGGGAGGAGCUCCUGCAUUCCUCCCUGGCCACCUCGGCUCCAGGGCUCCCCAGAGAGCCUCUUCCCUCCCCAAGAACCUGAGAAAGAUGAGAGAGGCACGUGCUCUGCUGGGAAGAUUCAGUGAGCGGUUCAAGGGCCUGGAAUCUCCCUGUGGCCAAGCCUACGGCUUCUGGGAUUCUGGGAUUCUGGGCUUUGUGGGCUUUGCUUGCUUGCUAGGGAUGGGCUUUCCCUGUCCAGCCGUGCCCCACCUCGCCUCUGUCUCUCAGAAGCUCCAGAACCCAGCAGUGACCCGUAAAACGUGGCCUCUGAUGGGGGCACGGGGUGGGAGAUGGAGAGAGCCUACCUUAUCUUUUGCUCCUAAAAACUUUAAUAGCUCCUAUUUUCCAGAGAAUGGUGCAUUGUGAGCAGCAUGCGAGUAAGAGAGAAAUAGGAGGGAGUGGGGGCGGAUGGGAGAAGAGUGGCUCGUUUUUACCUCUCACCGCAUUGAUAUUUUGUGAACGUGAAGCUUAAACUUUCUGGGAUUACAAGACCCAGGGGCACAUCAGCUCCUUAGCUGGGCUUAGCCUGACACAUAAUUCUUAAGCUUUUCCUGUUUAAGAAAAUUCUAGAGGCUGUGUACUCUCACCAAUCCUCACUCUUCGAGAACUUGUUCAUGUUGAUUUCCCCGUUAUAUGGAUGAGGCUCAGGAUAAUAGCAUAGUGGCUACCUUCUAUUGAGUUUUGAGGUGCUAAGUAUGUUUGUCUGAGGCUGCACAUGUGUAGGUGGGUCUGUAUGAUCCAAGGGACAAAAUGACGACGUAGGAACCAGCAAGAACGGAAUCUGGGCUGAUGCUGCAGUCUCCACCUGGGUGAUGGCUAGCCUCCCGCCCUCUGCCACCGCAUCCCACACGUGCUGUGCACUGUCCCCGUGUCUCCUGGAGAAUCAAACUGGAGAAAACCUUCCGGAGUAUCUCUCAUAGUACCCCUUCCUUAAGAUGUGGUUUACAGCGUGUGUGCAAUCCUGCCUCUGUAAUUAGGAAAUGGAGCCUGAGGCUUUCCAUUGUUGGUUGAACCCAGGACAGCUGGUGCUAUUCACAGGCUGAAGAACUGGGCGGUUCUUACUUGGGUCUGUCCUAGGAUGUGGAGGAAGUUCAGGACUAACGCUAGGCAGAGAGUAUGACUUGGUUUACCCAGCCUAGGGGCCUCUGGAUGGGAACACUCCAUUCCAAGAUCUCAGCAGAGCAGGGCUUCCUGGCUUGAGGCUGGAAGCUUUUGGGAAGUGGCCCAGCUGGGACAUUCCCUGGGCACCUGUCUUCUGCUGAAGGGGGCAAGGUGCCCUCUGGGACUGACGGCCAUGACCCUCUGUGCCAUCCUCAAUCCUUGAGCCAUAUAUCAAAAGAGUCCUCUAGAGCCGGAUGGUCCUCAAAAGUCUCUCUGUCCAAGGAAUGCCAACGUUCACCAGGCUCUGAGAAGCGACGCAAUCUCCUCUGAGCUGGGGACCACUCGGAGAACCGGCUUAGUAACAGUCCUGAUCUUCGCAAGCCAGCUUCUUCUGCAUCUGAGGGGCUCCUGGCGCCCAGAGGAGACAGAUGUCUUCUAGCUGAGUUUCUAACUGCAUGAUGAGACUCAGACCUUCCGCUGCACUAGAAAAUCUGCAACAGUGUCCCUGAGUCACUUCUCCUUAGUGGGCAGACUCGUGUUAGAUUUGUGGAACCCAGCUCUCUGAUUUACUCCUUUUGGAAAACCCAUGGAAUUUCAUGUAUAAGCCUUUCAUUUGUAUUUUAAGGUUUUUCUGUUUGAGUAUAUAAAUGGUGCUCAAUAGCAACAUCUUAGCAGAUGAAGCAUUUUAUGAUUCUACUCCCUCCUGUAUGACAGGUAGCCACUAUACUGAAUCAAGGUGCUGAACUCAAAUCCCAAAAUUCUGGCUUACCGAUACAGCAAUCAAUACAUCUUUGUUCUGUAAUGUAAAAUUUGACUCCUUACUUUUAUAACUUAUUAAAGUUAAAAUGUCUGUGUUUUCGCAAAUCAUGCCUGUGUUUGUUGUUGUCUUCAUUACACUCGU